AUGACCGAUCCCCAUGGCUCAUACAGGGCUUUCAAGCAGAGCCUCGGAAAAGAGCUCGACUCUCUUAUGCAGCAAGGGGAUUUUAAGCCUAUUUUUCUUUACCAUGUGGUUUUCUUCAAUUGCCUUCCGUUUAUCGGCCUGAUCAUACCCCGCCGCCGAGGCGGGCGCUAUGUCCGCUACUUUAUCUGUGCCGUCGGUCUGGGAUUUGCGUUUGAGAUAUUAAGAAGUCAUAGAGCCUUGAUUGGCGGCAAUGGAUAUAUGAUUGGCAUUAUGACUGCGUGGUGGCUAAUUUGGUGUACCACGCUUUUUAUGUUUAAGGAUGUCGAGCAUGACUUUCGGCGGAUUGAAAGGGACACUAAAUUUGAAUCCGAAAGCACUUUCUCGUCAAACAACAUUCAAGGAAAGUCAGCCCACACUGACAAGAAUGAUCGAAAGCGUGAUGAUCUCUUUCACUGGCAGUCCUAUCCUCGCAAGUUCUCCCAUCGUCUCGAGUGGUGUGCGGGGCUGCUCUUCAACCUCCGAGGACCAGAAUGGAACUGGCGAGCUCCUCACCUUGGUCCUCUUCCUCAAUCCGUCCAUGAACAGCUGCGUUCAGGUUUCCCGCCGAAUAGGUUUCGUGCAGAGGAUGAUGAUACUCUCUUGACUUCGAAGCAGCGUCUUCGAGCUGCCUUCUUCACCUGCCUGCAGUCAUACCUCCUGCUAGAUGCCCUCAAGGUCAUAAUGAUGCGAGACCCUUACUUCCGAGGCACUGCUGGUCCUAACUCGGUGCCACCAUUCCCACUCUCCUACCUAGCACCCUUUCCCCUGCUAGUUAGAUUCUACCACUGCUUCCUCAGCUGUGUGGGUGUCUACGUUGCACUCAACUUCGUCACCUCAUUCGGCCCCAUCUGUUUUCUCGGUCUGUCAUUAGCCUUUCCCAAUGCAUCACGGAAAUUGACAGCUGCUCCACUUGAUGAGCCUUGGCUGUAUGCUGAUUCUUUUGGCCCUUUCAUUUCCCCCGUACUCGACCAUGGACUCGCCGGCUGCUGGGGUCGUUGGUGGCACCAACUCUUCCGCUAUGGAUUUACCUCCACUGCUAGGUGGAUCCUGUCAUUGCUUCCAAGAAACUGGACUGCAAAUGCACAGACGAAACGAAUCAUCCAUAUUGUUGUUGCGUUCACUCUCAGUGGCUUCAUACAUGCUUGCGGCAGCUACACCCAAUUCCCAGAGACUCGUCCUUUUUCGGGUCCAUUCUUAUUCUUUUCUCUGCAAAGUGUGGCAAUUAUUUGCGAACACAUCUUUAAAACGGCCAUAUAUCCACAACUACCUCUUGCUGGUACCCCGCGGUGGCUGAGACGCACCACAAAUGCAAUGUUUGUUUUCUUCUGGCUGCUUUUCUCCGGAGCUUUUAUUGCGGAUGACUUUUCACGAGGUGCGUUGUGGUUGAUGGAGCCGAUUCCACUCAGUCCACUGCGUGGAAUGGGGCUUGCAUAUGGGGAAGGUUGGUGGUGUUGGAAGGAGCCAUGGUUUCGAUAUUGGAGCGAUGGGACAUAUUGGGGCAGUGGGAUCCGAGUCCUAUAG